AUGGGGCUGGUGGAAGUGGGGGAGGACAUGUCAGGGCUGAUAUGGCCGAAGACCAGGAUCUUGGCGGGAAUGAUGGUGUGCAAGGAGCUUAACCGGCUGUUGCGGAGCAUGCUGGACAGCGACAGAACCUCGCUCAUCCGAGUGGAGUUGCGAGUGAGAAAAGAUGUGUCAGCUUGCAUGCUGGAACGCGUUGAUCUGUCCAAGUUUCGGUCGGGGAUGGUGGAGUUGACGCUAACGGAGGGGUCACAGCUGAAGCCAACGCUUGCUGCCAUUGCACGAGCAAGCGACAAGGGGCUGAGACAUCUCGUGCUCGACCUCGACAACAACCCAUCCACGGCCGACCUCAUCCGCAUCGAGUCGGAGAGAGGAGAAGAAUGGGCCAAGUGGAUAGCGGAGUAUGCGAGGAUCGCGACAUUGGGAGGAGUUAGUGCUGUGCUCGAGACACUAGAGACGCACAAGACUUCUGCUGUGCUGUGCGAGAACGCGUGCAGAAUCCUCGUCUUCCUCGCGAGAAACUUCGACAACCAGAGGCUGAUCGCAGAGGCAGGAGGGAUCAACCUGGUGGUCAACGUGAUGAGACUUCAUCUUGAGGACGCGCGGGUGCAGGAGAGAGGAUGUGCAGCUCUCAGCAACUUGGCCUGCAACGCGCAGAACGAGGCGAAGCUGCUGGAAGGGGGAGUGAUCGCUGUAAUCCUGACCUCCAUGCGGAGGCAUCGCCUCGCCUCGGUCUCCGAGUGGGCCUGCCGCGCCCUUCGCAACAUUGCGUGCUACUCGGACAACCCCAUCCGCAUCGCGCAGGAGGGAGGAAUCGAGACGAUCCUCGACCUCAUGCAGGAGCACAGAGAAAGUGCUGGGCUGCAGGAAGAGGCGUGUGCGGUGCUCCAUAACCUUGCUCUGGACGUGGAGAGCAAGAGCGCGAUAGUAGCAGCAGGAGGAAUCGAGUCGAUCCUUCAAGGGAUGGAGGAGCACCUGGCAAGCAUACAGGUACAGCAGGAGGCCUGCGCUGCCCUCCAGGUCUUCUCCGAGUGGCGAGGUUACCACAGAAGGAUCUUACGAGCUGGAGGAGUCCGGGUGCUCAAUGAGGUAGUCCGUAUACACAACCAUCCUCGGGUGACCAACUCAGCGCACAGCUGCUUGUCCUUGCUUUCUCCCCUUGCCUCCUCUGCUUCCUCCUCCUCCUCUGUUGUGUGAUGCUCCUGUACAACUAGCUCUGUCCCUACCGCUGCUGCAACAACAGUGGCGAGUGGAUGGUUAACGUCUGACAAAAAAUAAUAAAAUAAUAAGGCG